CAUUAGGUGGGUUUUGUCCGUUUUGUGUUGUCGCUUCCGUUAGGUCGGGCUCUCAGUAUGCGGAACUCCCUGCAGGCUUCUAGCGCUGAUGAUGAUGAGGAGGAGGAUGUUGUGAAGGCAGGUUGUAACUGACCGAGCCACACGUUUCACUGAGCAGGCAGGCGGACACAUAUUUCGCAUCAUUUAUUAUGUUCCGGGACACUCAAACGGAGUGGCUGACCUUUUCAGCGGUUGUCCGCGCUCGAUCUUUUCAAUGAUAAAAGAAGAAAAAGGACUGAAUUCUGAGAAACAUCGCUGCCUCUCCGCCGUGACCGAGGAGAGCACCCACCAUCCAGGCCGUCAUCGGCAGCUGGCUGGCUUGGCAGCGAGCAUUAGCGGCUAACCGGCUAACGUAGAUUGGACCCAGUCUUCUUCUUCUUUUAUGUUUUUUUUUUUUUUUUUUGAACCAUCAUAAUGAUAGUAAAGGAGCUGCAUUUCAAAUAUACACCUGAGCUUUCUCACUUGUGAUGGAAAGGUAUCCUUAACUCAAGAGGCGACGUAUAUCCUGGAUGCUGUGACAUACAGGACAUGGUCAGUCCAACAUGGAGAAAAAGAAAAUGUGCCCCCGCCUUCUCGACUACUUGGUAGUGGUCGGAGCAAGGCAACCUACUAGUGACAGUGUGGCCCAGACUCCUCAGCUUCUCCGACGCUACCCACUAGAGGACCACCAAGACUUUCCGCUCCCACCAGACGUGGUUUUCUUCUGCCAACCGGAGGGCUGCCUGAGUAUACGCCAGCGCAGGGUCAGCCUUCGCGAUGACUCCUCUUUUGUUUUCACCCUGACUGACAAGGACUCAGGAAUCACUCGCUACGGAAUCUGCGUCAACUUCUACCGUUCCUUUCAGCGAGGACAUCAUCGUACUCGAGCAGAGAAGAGCAGUCAUGCUGAGACAGCAGAACAGGCAACAGAGACCACAAGCGAAGGGUCUGAUAGCGGCGGGGGUGGAGUUCCACACCGUGUGGUUUCUCCACCCAAGAAUGCAGAGUCAGUACCUCCGCCUGCUUCUGGAGAAGAGGGUGGACAGCAAGGUGCUGAGCAAAAUGCCGGCAAGUCCCCACAGCACAAACGGAGUGCUGCUAAGGUGGCAGCCAGGAACCGCAACAGCACACUGACCUCGCUGUGCAUACUCAGCCAUUACCCCUUCUUCUCCACCUUCAGGGAAUGCUUAUAUAUUCUCAAGAGGCUAGUGGACUGCUGCAGUCAAAGGCUAACACAACGGGCGGGGCUUCCUCGUGCCACCCAGAGGGACACCAUGUGGCGGGUGUUUACCGGUGCGUUGUCGGUGGAAGAGAAAGGCAGCCAGCUGCUGGCCGACCUGCGGGAGAUUGAAUCCUGGGUGUACCGGUUGCUGCGUUCACCAGUGCCAGUGGCGGGUCAGAGACGUGUGGAUGUGGAAGUGCUGCCCCAUGAGCUCAAAAGGCCACUCACCUUUGCCCUACCUGACAACUCUCGCUUCUCCAUGGUCGAUUUCCCGCUGCACCUGCCCUUAGAGCUGUUGGGUGUGGAUGCCUGUCUUCAGGUCCUCAGCUGUGUCCUGCUAGAGCACAAAGUCAUUCUUCAGUCCCGAGAUUAUAAUGCUUUGUCUAUGAGCGUCAUGGCCUUUGUGGCCAUGAUUUACCCACUGGAGUACAUGUUCCCAGUCAUUCCCUUACUGCCAACAUGUAUGGCCUCUGCUGAACAGCUCCUUCUUGCUCCCACUCCCUACAUUAUAGGUGUACCAGCCAGCUUCUUCCUCUACAAAUCCGACUUCAAAAUGCCAGACGAUAUUUGGCUUGUUGACCUUGACAGCAGCAAGGUUAUAGCACCUACCAAUGCAGAGCUUCUACCACCUCUUCCGGAGCCUGAAGCAGGCGAGCUUAAGAAACAUCUAAAACAGUGUCUGGUUAGGUUGACCGUGAUCACCCAAAAGCAGAUCUUCUCCUCUGAGAAUAAGGCUUUGACCAGCAUGAGUUUGAACACCCAACCAAUUCUCAACCUGGAGAAGUUUCAGGAAGGUCAGGAGAUGCCCCUGCUCCCGCCUGGUCGAGAUAAAGCUUCACCGUCAUCCACCGAAUUCAACCCUCUAAUUUAUGGCAAUGAUGUCGAUUCUGUGGACGUAGCUACCAGGGUUGCCAUGGUACGGUUUUUCAACUCUCCAAAUGUUCUUCAGGGGUUCCAGAUGCACACUCGCACUUUGCGCCUCUUCCCGCGGCCAGUGGUUGCUUUUCAGUCAACAUCUUUUCUUGCAUCUCGGCCAAGACGCUCUACCUUUGCAGACAAGCUUUCUCACACCCAGGCCGUAGAGUUCUAUGGAGAGUGGGCUCUCAAUCCCACAAACCUUGCCUUUCAGAGGAUCCAUAACAAUGUGUUUGACCCCUCCUUAAUUGGAGACAAGCCCAAAUGGUAUGCACAUCAGCUGCAGCCAGUGGUCUACAGAGUAUAUGAUGGAAGCUCCCAACUGGUUGAGGCUAUGGCUGGCCCGCUGGAGGAUGAAGGCAAUGAGUCUGACCCCACAGACAGCGGCAGUGACAGUGAGGCUUACGACGACUCCAGCUCAUCCUAUUCCUCACUUGGAGACCUAGUGAGUGAGAUGAUUCAAGGUGACAUCCAGGGAGACACACCAAGCUUGGACCCGCCCACCCAUGCAGCACUGGGAGAUGCUAGUGAGGUUGAGUUUCAAGACUACCAUGACUUCAGGGAAGGGCAUGGCCCUGAAGGACCACCCAGUGGGGACGGACCUGCUGAGCCUUCUGAUGGACAGCCUCUUCGCUCAAGCUCUAGCACAACUGCAAGCUCAAGCCCCAGCACAAUCAUCCAGGGGGUCAACCAUGAGCAAGGGGAAGUACCUGAAAUUGAGGCAUCAGCAAGUGCUGCUUUACAGAACCCUGUGCCGGGAUUGGCCAAUCAGCCGUUCCUCAGACCUGCAGCUGAUGCUGGUCUGGUGGAGCAUACCAACAAAAAGCAAGAGUAUGACAACCCAUACUUUGAGCCUCAGUAUGGCUUCCCCUCAGAGGAUGACCCUGAUGCAGAAGAGCAAGUGGAAUCAUACACCCCUCGAUUCAACCAGAACCUCAAUGGCAACAAGACACAGCGUCCUUUACGCCCCAGUAGCCUGAGGCUCCCAGGAGAGUCCGAUGGGGAAGGAGACUCGCGUAACAGUUCACCAAACUCCACCAUUUCCAACAACAGCAAUGAUGGAUUUGGAGGACUCAUGUCCUUUGCCAGCAAUCUCUACAAGAACCACGGCACAAGUUUCAGCUUGUCCAAUCUUGCCCUUCCUAAUAAGGCAGCAAGGGAGAAAUCAACACCGUUCCCCAGUCUAAAAGAUUCCCCUGAAAGCCCGGUAUUUGGGCUAAAUUCUCUAAUGGAGAUAAUUACAGAGGCCGGCCCGGGGAGCGGAGAAGGCGCACGCGCACCUCGAGCACUUGUUGACCAGAAGUCUUCAGUGAUCAAACACAGUCCGACUGUGAAAAGAGAAUCGCCCUCUCCUCAGGGCCGGGUAAACAACACGAGUGAGAACCAGCAGUUCCUUAAGGAAGUAGUGCAGAGUGUUCUGGAUGGUCAGGGAGUCGGCUGGCUCAAUAUGAAAAAGGUGCGCCGCCUGUUGGAGAACGAGCAGCUUCGUGUGUUUGUGCUGAGUAAGCUGAACAGAGCCGUCCAGUCGGAGGAAGAUGCCAGGCAGGAGAUCAUUCGGGAUGUGGAGGUGAACAGGAAGGUGUACAAAGGCAUGUUGGACAUCUUGAAGUGCACCGUUUCCAGUCUGGAGCACUCCUACACUAAUGCAGGCCUCGGGGGAAUGGCCAGUGUAUUCAGCCUGCUGGAAAUAGCACGUACACAUUAUCAAACCAAAGACCCAGAAAAGCGCAAGCGAAGCCCCACAGACAGUGCUGGCAGCCCAGGGAGUAAAGAGAGUCCUUCUGGUCGUAUGGAGACUGCCAGACCUCAGGGCCUUCUGAAUAUUCCCCACCUGCAGCUGCCACACCACACAACGGGCAAAGGAGCCCGCCAUUUUGAUACCCGGAGUCUGAAUGAGGAGAACUUUAUUGCCUCGAUUGAAUUGUGGAGCAAGCACCAGGAUAAGCAAAAAGCUAUGGAAAAACAACAGAGGUCAGAAGGAGCAAAGCAGCAGCGCCCCCAGGUGACAGAUGCAGAGGAGAAGAAAUCCCAAAUCAGUGCUGAUAGUGGCCUGAGUGUAACAUCUGGAUCUCAGAAGAGUGACACCGAAUCUGUAGCAAGCUCAGAGCCACCGAUCCUGACAAGGAGCACCAGCCAGGACUCAGAGGCCAGCACAGUGAUAAGCAAUAGCUCUGGAGAGACUCUUGGAGCUGACAGUGAUCUGAGCAGCACAGCAGGCGAUGGCCUUGGCGGGAGAACCGCCCCUCAUUUAACUCAGUCCAGGGGGACUCUGUCUGACAGCGAGAUUGAAACCAACCCAGCCACCAGCUCAGUGUUUGGGAAGACCCACACUCUGAAACCUGGUGUAAAAGAUCAUUUACCUGUCUUGGCAAAGGGGCUGCCUGCACAGCCCAUUGAGGACACCAGUAUGAGGAUUUACCUUUUCGAAGGCCUGCUGGGCCGUGAUAAGAGCUCCGUUUGGGAUCAACUAGAGGAUGCUGCCAUGGAAACCUUUUCACUAAGUAAGGAGCGCUCCACACUUUGGGACCAGGUGCAGUUCUGGGAGGAUGCCUUCUUAGAUGCUGUUAUGUUGGAGCGUGAGGGCAUGGGCAUGGACCAAGGACCUCAGGAGAUGAUCGAAAGAUACCUGUCACUGGGAGAACAUGACCGUAAGCGCCUGGAGGAUGAUGAAGACAGACUUUUGUCCACCCUGCUGCACAACAUGAUUGCAUACAUGCUAAUGAUGAAAGUGAACAAAAAUGACAUCAGGAAGAAAGUGAGGCGCCUGAUGGGCAAGUCCCACAUCGGCCUCACGUAUAGCCAAGAGAUCAACGAGAUACUUGACAAACUGGCUCAAAUGAACGGCCGAGAGCUGUCCAUCAGGCCCAGCGGAAGCCGUCACAUCAAGAAACAAACAUUUGUUGUUCAUGCUGGCACUGAUACUACAGGAGACAUCUUUUUCAUGGAGGUUUGCGAUGACUGCAUAGUCCUGCGCAGCAACAUUGGUACCGUUUAUGAACGCUGGUGGUAUGAGAAACUCAUCAACAUGACCUACUGCCCCAAGACCAAGGUGCUGUGUCUCUGGAGACGCAACGGCCAAGAGACGCAGCUGAAUAAGUUCUAUACCAAAAAGUGUCGUGAACUCUACUACUGUGUUAAAGACAGUAUGGAAAGAGCUGCAGCAAGACAGCAAAGCAUUAAACCAGGUCCCGAACUGGGCGGAGAGUUCCCCGUCCAGGACAUGAAGACUGGUGAAGGUGGACUACUGCAGGUCACACUGGAGGGAAUCAACCUUAAAUUCAUGCACAGCCAGGAGCGGAAGGUUUUCAUAGAGCUGAGUCACAUUAAAAAGUGCAAUACAGUGAAGGGAGUCUUUGUCCUGGAGGAAUUUGUUCCUGAAACUAAAGAAGUGGUGAUCCACAAGUACAAGACCCCGAUGGCACAUCAGAUCUGUUACUCGGUCCUCUGCCUUUUCUCGUACGUGGCGGCAGUGAAGGGGAAGGAGGCGGAAGGAAAACCCAAGAUGCUGUCACCGAGACCCCUUCCUAGCUAGUCUACACCUCACGCUCUCCUCCCCUUCCCUCUCUCCCUCAUCCCCGGCGUGCCUCUCUCUACUUGAAAAUGGCAUCUCGGCUCCUAAAACCACAGACUCGACAAUCCCCAACUUCACUCUAAGCACACAACUCCCGCGCUCUCCUCCUGUGUAUAUACAAACCCGAGACCCUUUUUAGAUCCAAUUGUGUAGACAUGUUUGGUCUGUGAUGUCAUGUAAAUACUUCCAGCUCUUCACCGCUGUUGCCCAGAUGUUCUUUCCUAACUAGCUAAAUGUUUGCCCGCUCCAUUACUCUGGAAAGGUUGCUCCCCCCAGAGCUCUUCUGCUCCCGGUGAAAGUUUUGCUCCUUGUUCCUGCUAGCAGGAUCCAACAGUUUUUACUCGUAUAUGAUGUGAGGGCUCCACCACCCAUCACCCCCCCCCCCCCCCCCCCCCCCCCCCCCCCCAACCCCGAGGCAUUGAGUGCUUGCAGGUCCCGCGCACAGCCUCGACGUACAGCAUAGCUUCCUCCCCUCUCCUGCCCGUCUCCAUAUGACUGUAUGACUUAUUCUGUGAUAUGUGGUUACUGUAAAGGUCCAGUCUGUCCAAGUUGGUCCAGCAACCAGAGACCAUCGUGUAGUGCGGGAUGUUCCAUGCUGAAAAUGCUACUGUAUACUGCACCAGAGCACCGCAUGUAAACGCUUCGUUAUGGUGUUUGAACCCUAAAAUACUGUGAGUGUUCUCAGAUGUGUACUCUUGCCCUAGCCCGGCCCACCCGGCUCAAUUACUGUUCUAGUUCUACUGUAAAAUUUCUCGUCUGUGGUCUGCUGUUAUCAACUGCAUGUUACUAUAAGGAUGACAAAUAAAUAUUAUAUAUAUUUCUAUAUAUAGUAUUUAUUUAAUAUAUACAUAUAUUGACUGUACAUUUCUGGAAAACAAAAUGUUACAAAUGUUAAUUUGCUAGAUGUGCAAUACUUAAUAAGUAGUUAGCCAUUGCCAGAGCCAGGUUUUCUCGAGUGAACUGGCUUUCACAGGGUGACGAAUGUAAGAACGAGUUUGUUUUUCUAUAGUACACAUCGAUCGAUUGAAUAUUACGACUUCAGUGUGACACGAGCAUUUAGUUUUAAAAGGUGAUCACAGGUCAGUCGGUGCAAAGGACUGCUGCUGUGUCACUCUCUGUGGGUGUUGCAAACCCCACCCCAAUCAGUGAUGUCACAGCAGGCGGCGGGGAUGCCGCGGUAAAUGUCACCGUCUUCUCACAGCUUUUAAUUGUAGGCAAAGGCUGCAUGGAUAAUGAGCUACUAGAGGCAGUGCAAAAUGUCUUUGAUGGUACACAUGUGAGCUGUUUGUGUGCCCACUUUAAACAACGGAUGUUUCAAAACUUCCUGCUAUUUUUUUUCUUCACAUGACCAUAAAUAUAAGUAUGUGAGUCAUUAAAACAUUCAGUGUUCGGUGAUAAUUUAGAGAUAUAAUUGUAGAUAUUCCCAUAUUUGUGGUACAAACACUGGAGCUACACGCUGGUACUUAAUGAAACACCAAUAAAAAGUAGUGGGGAAAACAAGGAAUUUUUAGUAACAGUGUAACAUCCAUGCUGGAAUUAUUCCUGCGCGACUGAAAACACAAACAUUCACUAGAGAAGCCGAAACCAGUGUAGGAGCUGCAUAACCGACUGAUGGGGUGUGGAGAAAUGAGAAAUAAGCCACCAAACCCACAGCAGCAGUUCUUCCUCCUGCGACUGACCCUUCAGACGCGCUGAAGAUGCCAUCUGUGGUCACCUGAUCUCCAAGGAGACGAUCGAGUCUUAAUGUCGUGUCUGGUCCCAUCGCUGGCUCGUUUACUUUCACAGUGAGAGUGCGUGUGAGUGUUUUUGUGGUUCGCGUGUGUGAAUGUGGUGAACACUUUUCUCCAGAUCAGCAAUAUAUCAGUACAGCUGUAAGGCUGGAAGAUGUUAUUUUGAUCCUGACAUGCUUGUAUUUUUAAGGAAUUUAACUGUGCAAAAGGAAAUCCGAGUGUGGAGAAGAUGCUGUUAAUAAAUGACAGAACUUGAUCUGAAGCAUCUGCAAAACUGAUCUGAGAAUUUUCUGCUUGAGUUAACUUUUUUUUUUUUUUUAAACUGGAUUAUUACAACUCAUCUCUGUUGCUGUGAAAUCUGAUAGCUGUAAAGAGAAGGAAAAAUGAAAUGAGAUGGAAGGUGUAACUAUUCCAGUAUUCAAAAAGUAUUUAUAAAAUAUGUACAGCUUUGGCAAUAUAAUAAAGAUGUCCCAAACGAA